UUGUCAUUUACUUUGAAGUUCAGAAACAUCUGAGAUUUUAAUACUAUUAUUUUCCCCUUUGUAGCUCAGGCAUUUGAAAGGAUGAUGAGUCCAACUGGUUCUAACCUUAGAUCUAAUCAUUCUGAUGAAUGUGCCACUGUCCAGCCUCCUCAGGAUGCUCAAACACCCAAUAUAUCUUCACCAACAACUUUGCCAAUUUCAGCACUUAAACAACCAAGUGCUGAAGGACUAUGCUCUAAAGAACAGAAGAGAGUAUGGUUUGCAGAUGGUAUAUUGCCCAAUGGUGAAGUUGCAGAUACAACAAAAUUUUCAUCUGGAAGUAAAAGAUGUUCUGAAGAUUUUAGUCCUCUCUCACCUGAUACACCUAUGUAUUUCAGAUUAUAGGUUAUUGUGUGGUAUUGACAAAUAUGUUUGCAGUAAAAUUAGUCUUCUACCUAAUGACGAAGACAGUUUGCCCCCACUUCUGAUUGCACCUGGAGAAAAGGCAUCAGUUCCUAUAGUAGAAGAACACCCGUCUCAUGAGCAGAUCACUUUGCUUCUUGAAGGUGAAGGAUUACAUACUGUUACCUUUGUCCUAAAUGCUAAUCUUCUCGUGAAUGUCAAAUUAGUACAUUAUUCCUCGGACAAAUAUUGGUACUUCUCAACCAAUGGAUUGCAUGGCUUGGGACAGGCAGAAAUUAUUAUUUUGUUGUUGUGUUUGCCAAAUGAAGAUAAUAUUCCUAAGGACAUCUUCAGACUAUUUAUCACCAUAUAUAAGGAUGCUAUAAAAGGAAAAUAUUUAGAAAACUUGGACAAUAUUACCUUUACUGAGAGCUUUCUCAAUAGCAAGGAUCAUGGAGGAUUCCUGUUUAUUACACCUACUUUUCAGAAACUUGAUGAUCUCCCAUUACCAAGUAAUCCUUUUCUUUGUGGCGUUCUUAUCCAGAAGCUGGAGAUUCCCUGGGUAAAGGUUUUUCCUAUGCGUUUAAUGUUGAGAUUGGGUGCAGAAUAUAAAGCAUAUCCUGCUCCUCUAACAAGUAUCAGAUACCGGAAACCUCUUUUUGGAGAAAUAGGACACACUAUUAUGAACUUACUUGUUGACCUUCGAAAUUACCAGUAUACCUUGCAUAAUAUAGAUCAGCUAUUGAUCCAUAUGGAAAUGGGAAAAAGCUGCAUAAAAAUACCACGGAAAAAAUACAGUGAUGUAAUGAAAGUAAUAAAUUCUUCUAAUGAGCAUGUUAUCAGCAUUGGAGCUAGUUUUAGUACAGAAGCAGAUUCUCAUCUCGUCUGUGUACAGAAUGAUGGAGUUUAUCAAACCCAGGCCAACAGUGUCACUGGCCAACCAAGAAAAGUGACAGGUGCAAGUUUUGUGGUGUUCAAUGGCGCUCUAAAAACAUCUUCAGGAUUUCUUGCUAAGUCCAGCAUAGUUGAAGAUGGCUUAAUGGUACAAAUAACUCCAGAGACCAUGGAUGGCUUACGGCUAGCUCUUCGAGAGCAAAAAGACUUUAAAAUUACAUGUGGGAAAGUUGAUGCAGUAGACCUGAGAGAAUAUGUGGAUAUCUGCUGGGUAGAUACUGAAGAAAAAGGAAACAAAGGUGUUACCAGUUCAGUAGAUGGAAUAUCAUUACAAGGAUAUCCAAGUGAAAAAAUAAAACUAGAAGCAGAUUUUGAAACUGAUGAGAAGAUUGUAAAGUGUACUGAGGUGUUCUACUUUCUAAAGGACAAGGAUUUAUCUAUUUUAUCAACUUGUUAUCAGUUUGCAAAAGAAAUAGCUAUGGCUUGUAGUGCUGCACUGUGCCCUCAUCUGACAACUCUAAAGAGUAAUGGGAUGAAUAAAAUUGGACUCAGAGUUUCCAUUGACACUGAUAUGGUUGAAUUUCAGGCAGGAUCUGAAGGCCAGCUUCUGCCACAGCAUUAUCUAAAUGAUCUUGAUAGUGCUCUGAUACCUGUAAUCCAUGGUGGAACCUCCAAUUCCAGUUUACCAAUAGAAAUAGAAUUAGUAUUUUUCAUUAUAGAAAAUCUUUUUUAG